AAAGCCCCGCCUGACUCCGGGCUGCAGGAGGGGGCGUGGGACGGGGGCGGAGCCGUUGGCUAUGACAACAGCCCCACGUGACCGGCCAACACUGAGUCUUGUCUCGCUGUGGCGUCAGAGCCGUCGUGGCUGGUUCGCUUCUCGGCGGCGGUACCUGCUCCCGGUGGCCCUGAGGACCUGUGGGCCAGGGGCGGCCCAGAAAGUAGGAAGCGAAGGGGGAGCAGGAGUAAUGGAGUCCAAAGAGGAACUAGCUGCAAACAAUCUCAACGGGGAAAAUGCCCAACAAGAAAACGAAGGAAGGGAGCAGGCCCCCACGCAGAAUGAAGAAUCCCGCCAUUUGGGAGGGGGUGAAGGCCAGAAGCCUGGAGGAAAUAUCAGGCGGGGGCGAGUUAGGCGACUUGUCCCUAAUUUUCGAUGGGCCAUACCUAAUAGGCAUAUUGAGCACAAUGAAGCGAGAGAUGAUGUAGAAAGGUUUGUAGGGCAGAUGAUGGAAAUCAAGAGAAAGACUAGGGAACAGCAGAUGAGGCACUAUAUGCGCUUCCAAACUCCUGAACCUGACAACCAUUAUGACUUUUGCCUCAUACCUUGAAUCCUAAAAGUUUUCGCUGAGGUUAAUGUGAACACUGCUUUACAAGCUUGUAUUUUUGUGAUUUACUUUUUCUGUAAGCCUUUUGGUGUUUCCACUUACCAGUUUCUAAUGGAAAUUAGAAUUCUAAUUGAAUAUUGUUUUCUCUCAGCCUAAAAGUUACGGUCAGCAUGGCAAUUCACCUAUUUUAGGAAAAAUACUCUUUUCAUAAUAUGAAAUGCAUAAAGCAGUUCAAAAAGCAGUCUGUAUUCCAUCAUCUUCCUCUUUCAUUCCAGUCCUUAUUUUUUGUAAAUACUACUUUUUUCCCUCCGGCUACCUGGACUCAAAAUCUCAGUUGUCUUUGACAGUUUUUUUCUUGUCCCUGACCAAAAAAGAAUGAUCAUACCCAGAAUUCAGUGUUUGAUAUUUUAAGAAUGUAUGUUCUAGUGUUUUUCAGAGUGAGUCUACCAUCUGUAUAAAAACACCUUGGGGGCAGGGGCAUUUAAAAAUGUAGGACCUAUCGUCCAGACUCACAGAGUGGGGCUCCAGAAUCUCCAUUUUUAACUCUCAAGUAAUUCUGAUGUGUACCAAAAUGAGUGCCAUUGGUGUGUGUGUAUGUAACUAUAUACAUAUGUGUGUAUAUAAUGUGUCAUAACCGUAAACAAUAAACAAUAUCAAGCUAAA